GCCUGACAAGGCUAGUGCCUAACUAUAUUAGCCAACGCUCGCCACCUCCGCGAACUUCAAAAAAGAACGAACAAAUUCCACAUUGCACAUCUGUUGAUUCACCACCGCAUCGCGAGCAUAGCAAUCAUGUCGUGGCGCAACCAGGGGAUUACAGGCUCCAACAAUAUUCCUCUCGGAAAGAGGCGUUUUGGCGGCGAUGAGGAGGGUACAAGCGAGGCUUCCACGCCAACACUUGCAGCUUCAGAAAAUGGCGCUGCCCGUGGCAGAAGCCCAACUCGAGCUGAUCCACCCGCAGAUGGCGUGAAACGGCGCAAGAAGCGCAACCGCUGGGGAGACGCUCAAGAGAACAAGGCUGCCGGUCUCAUGGGCUUGCCUACCAUGAUCAUGGCCAACUUCACUAACGAGCAGCUGGAAGCGUAUACGCUGCAUCUCCGAAUUGAGGAGAUCAGUCAAAAGCUUCGUAUCAACGACGUCGUCCCUGCGGAUGGUGAUAGAUCCCCGUCGCCCCCGCCGCAGUACGACAAUUUCGGGAGACGUGUAAACACCAGGGAAUAUCGCUACCGCAAGCGUCUGGAAGAUGAGCGCCACAAGCUUGUCGAAAGGGCUAUGAAGGUCAUUCCCAACUAUCACCCACCUUCUGAUUACAGGCGUCCUACCAAGACCCAGGAAAAGGUCUAUGUGCCUGUGAAUGACUAUCCAGAAAUUAACUUCAUUGGAUUACUUAUCGGACCCCGUGGAAAUACUCUGAAGACCAUGGAGAAAGAGUCUGGAGCCAAAAUUGCCAUCCGAGGCAAAGGCUCCGUCAAGGAAGGAAAGGGUCGUUCUGACGCUGCUCACACUAGCAACCAGGAGGAGGAUCUUCACUGUUUGAUCAUGGCAGACACUGAAGAAAAGGUCAACAAGGCUAAGAAGCUAGUCCACAACGUUAUCGAAACAGCUGCUUCCAUUCCAGAGGGACAGAAUGAACUCAAACGGAACCAGCUUCGAGAGCUUGCUGCUCUCAACGGUACCCUUCGUGAUGAUGAGAACCAGGCUUGCCAGAACUGUGGACAAAUUGGCCAUCGCAAGUACGAUUGCCCCGAGCAGCGCAACUUCACCGCCAAUAUUAUUUGUCGUGUUUGUGGAAAUGCUGGUCACAUGGCCCGUGAUUGCCCUGAUCGUCAGCGUGGUACUGACUGGCGAAAUAACGGAGGCAAUGGUGGCCGCGGACCACGUGCAAUCGGAACCGGCGAUGCCGUUGACCGUGAAAUGGAGCAACUUAUGCAAGAACUUUCCGGUGGCGGCGGCCCUAACGGUGAGGCUCCACGCCGUAUUGAAGGUGGUCCCGGUGGGUACGACCAAGAUCCAGACUUGAAACCCUGGCAACAACGCGGACCCCCUGCUUCCGAUGUUGCACCAUGGCAGCAGCGCGGUCGGGAUAACCGUGGCCGCGAUGACUACGGUGGCCGCGACAAUGGAGCUGCCCCUUGGGCUCAACAGAAUCGUGGUGGCGACUACGGCUACGGUUCCCAGGGUGGUUACGGCGCUCCAGGUGCCGCUCCAGGUGCCGCUCCAUGGCAGCAACAAGCUCCUCCACCGCCCCCUGGAGGCCAAGCAAGCUAUGGCUACGGCUAUCCUGGAUAUCCUUCGAUACCCGGUGCUCCUCCAGGCCUUUCUGGCGCUCCGCCAGGCUUGGAUUCCAUGUACUAUGGUGGUGCCGGAGCACCUCCCCCGCCACCACCUGGUGAAGGACCUCCACCUCCUCCACCAAGCGACCAGCCUCCUCCACCCCCUCCAGCAGCCUGAUUUGUCGACAAUCUGAUCUCAUUAUUCCAUUGACAAAGUUUGCCAAAUUACCGAGUACUGACUACUAACUUUGCUUUAUCAAACAUGCAGUGUAAUUUUAGUUUAGGGACUUGCUAGUAAAAUGCAGUAUGCAAUUUCAUCUGGGAGGUAAUAAUAUAACGUGUCAACUACGCCACCUUCUCGAAUAGCAGCGAUGCGUGUAUGAUACCUAAUCGUUAAAUUUUUCUUUAAACACUAU